GAAGACGAAGAAGAAGAAGAAGAGCGAAUGCGGCGCAAACGGACGAAAAGCGAAAAUGGCGGCUGUGCUGCAGCAGAUUUUGGAGCGAGGAGAGUUAUCCAAACUAUCAAAGGCAGUGCAGGGGAAGCUGGAGAAAUAUCUUUCGGAGCAGCGGAGUGAUGCUGACUACUAUAAAGCCCAGUAUGAGCAGCUUCGUGUGGACAGCGAGCAACAGUACUCGGACCUGGAGAGGUGCUACACGGAGAGCCGGGAUCAGUGUGUGUCUGUAACGAAAGAUCAUCAAAAACUCCAGGAGGAGUUCACAUCGCUCGACGAAGAGCUGAAAUCUCUCCGUGAGAAAACAAAGGAACACGAAUCCUCGUACUCAAAGCUGGAGUCGGAGCAGAAGGAGCUUUCUAAAAUAAAGGACACCCUGGAGGCCGAGAAGCGAGACCUGGUGCGCACACUGGAGAGAACGGCACAGGAACUCGAGGGCCAGAGCGAGGAUCUGAAGCGGCUCGGUGACAGGCUGGUGGAGGUCAAUGCCACAAAUCUGCAGCUGAAGAUGAAAAUCGAUGAGCUGGAGGCUCUGGAGGUCUCGAUCAAGUACAAAGAGAAACGGAUGGGGCAGGAGAAGGAUCUGCUCGAAGGGCAGGUGAACUGGCUAAGCAAGGAGCUGAAGAUGAAAAGUGAAGAGCUUCUCUCUCUGUCACGGGAGAAAGGCAGCGAGAUUCUGGAGCUUAAGUGCAGCCUGAACAACAAAGACGAUGAGUGUACCAGAUUACAGGACCAGCUGCUCAGUCUGAAAUCCUCCAACGAGAACCUUCAGAAGCAAACCGAGGACCUUAUCAGCAAACUGAAAGAGGCCAAAGAACAGCAAGCAAGUUCAGAGGAGAAAUUCCGAAACGAGCUUAACGCCAACAUCAAGCUGUCGAACCUGUACAAGGGAGCAGCAGCAGAUGCAGAGGCAAAGAGUGAAGAGCUGAACCAGGCCGUAGAAGAGCUGCAUAAGCUGCUAAAGGAGGCAGGGGAAGCUCAUAAAGCUAUGGAGAUGAAGCUGGCUGAGGCAGAGAGCUGCAACCAGAAGGAAGUGGCCGAGCUGAAGGAGCGCAUCGGCAUCCUGGAGAAAGAGCUGGACAACGCCAACGAUCUUCUGUCAGACACGAAGCGCCGAGCCGGCCACACGUCCACAUCAGUUCUCCCGGACGAACAGCUGAGCACAAUGUCUCCCACCGCAGCAGCCAUCUUCAAAAUCAGGCCAGGCAUGAAGCUCACAGAGAUCUACAGCGCCUACGUGGAGUCUCAAGAGCAACUGCAACUGGAGAAACUGGAGAACAAGCGUGUGAACAAGUACCUGGAUGACAUUGUGCAGGAGGUUGAGGCUAAAGCACCCAUGCUGAAGAGGCAGAGGGAGGAGCUGGAGCGCUCCCAGAAAUCCGUGGCCAGUUUGUCUGCCAAGUUGGAGCAUGCUAUGCAGGAAGUACAGCGCUUGCAGAAAGAGGCAGAUGAAGCCAACAAGCACUCCUCCAUGCUGGAGAGAGACAAUCAGAGGUUUGAGGUGCAGCUGAGCGACAUGGCUCGCCAGGUUCGGGUGUUGCUGAUCGAGCUGGAGGAGGCACGUGGGAAUCACGUGUUGCAUGACGAGGAGGACGUGUGUUCCGCAGACGUGAGCAGUACGUCCGAGGUGAUAUCGCAGCACCUGGUCUCGUUCCGCAGCGUGGAGGAACUGCAGCAGCAGAACCAGCGGCUGCUGGUGGCCCUGCGUGAGCUCGGAGAUGCCCAGGAGCGAGGAGAGAUGGAGGCUGAGGGCACCAAACAGGCAGAGCUCCAGAACAGUUUGGAGAAGGCCCAGCUUGAGCUGGAGCAGCUUCGUGAACAGCGUACACACCAGAUGCAGCUGGUUGAAUCCAUUGUGCGCCAGCGAGACAUGUACCGAGUCCUGCUCGCCCAGGCCACAGGGGUCAACUUCCCUCAGCAAGGUGCUUCCUCGGACGAGUUCUCUCUCACCUCCACGCCCCGUCGGUCCCCUGCGGCCACGCCCACCACGGGCACACCCACCGGGCUUGUCACCGCUGCAAUCCAAGACUCCACGGAGACGGUGGAGGCCAAGGCCGCACUGAAACAGCUCCAAGAGGUGUUCGGGGCUUUUAAGAAAGAGAAGGCAGAACGUGAGAAGGAUCUGACGGAGCAUUGCGAGAAGCUGCAAGAGCAGGUGUCCGAACGGAGAUCCCAGAACGCCACGGUUUCCACUCAGCUGGAGUUUGCUUCUAAGCGAUAUGAGAUGCUGCAGGAUAACGUGGAAGGUUACCGCAAGGAGAUCGCUUCUCUGAGAGAGAAAACCCAGAAGCAGGAAGCCGCUGGUCAGAAGAGCGAGCAGAUGGUGCACAUGCUCACACAAGACCUGCGUGCCGCGAAUGAGAAACUGUCCAUCCUCGAAUCGCAAGUGGAGAGCCUGCGCAAGGAGCGAGAUGUGCUGAAGACGGUGGAGUCGAGUCUGAUCCAGGAGAAGGAGUCGAUCCUCGCCCAGCAGAGGAACCAGAACCUCCUGCUCACCAAUCUCAAAUCCAUCCAGGCCACAUUGGAGCGCUCGGAGACCGAAACCAGGCACCGGCUCACGGCACAGGUGGAGAAGCAAGAGCGAGAGAUUUCCCAACUGCAGAAGAAACUGGAGCAGGAGGUGGAGCAGAGGCAUACGCUGGAGCGCAAUCAUGAUAAGCAGCUUCUGGACGCGAAGAAGCAGGUGGAGGUGCAGUGCGCAUUGCACCAAAGGACCAGAGAGCAGCUGAACGCCACACAGCAGGAGCUCAGCGGUCUCCAGCAGCAGAUGAACACCAGAGAGGGACGGCUUUCCUCACCCAGCACUCACACAAGCCUCACUGGGCCGCCGGCUGACAAAGAGGACGCAGAGGAACUGCGCAAGCAUCUGAAUGAAGCGAAGAGCAGUAGCCAGGACCUGGCGGAGAGACUCGAGAGCGCCACCACAUCUCUCGAUCAGUACAGAGCCAUGUGCCUCAGUCUGGAGGAGGCCCUGGAGAAAGAGAAACAGGUAACCGAACAAGUGAAGGCGUCGGUUGAAGGCCAGGUUUCGGAGGCUCACGAGCGGCUUCAGCAGCUGGAAAAGAAGCUUCACGAAGCCGAGAAGGCCAAGAAUGAAAUCCAGGAAGAGAAGCAGAAGGCUGUGGCAGCCAUUGAGCAGCAGGUGAGCGAGCUGCAGCAGAACCUGAGCAGCCUGCAGUCCGAGCACCAGGAAGCUUUGCAGAAAGCUGCUCUGGUGGAAGCUCAAGUGCAGCAGGCCGUGCUGGACAGCCAGGAGCAGGCUCGUUUCGCUGCUGAGGCCCAGGACAAGUACGAGCAAGAGAUGUUACUCCAUGCAGCCGACGUGGAAGCCCUGCAAGCAGCCAAAGCUCAGGGCCAGCAUGCCUCACAGCUUCGCCUGCAGCUGGAAGAGAAGCUCCAGACAGUCAGCGCACAGCUGUUUGAGGCCCGAGUGUCCUGGGAGGAGCAGGAGAAGAUUUUCAAAGAGGAGCACACUAAGAUGGAGUCACGCUGUCAAGACUUGCAGAAGCAGAACGAGCUCUUACAUGAGCAGAUCCAGGCCCUGAGUGGGAAGAUGGUGAGCCAGCUCCAGCAGGCAGCCGGCGAUAGCUCACUGAACGUUUCCCUCACCGAGGAGGGGAAGUCUCAGGAGCAGCUCCUUGAGAUCCUCAGCUUCGUUCGUCGGGAGAAAGAGAUAUCGGAGUCACGUUUCGAGGUGGCUCAGGGAGAGUGUCUGAGGCACCGACUGAGAGUGGAGCACCUGGAGCGGGAGCUGAAGGAGGUCCAGGACUCGCUCAAUGCUGAAAGAGAAAGGAUGCAGGUGACUGCAAAGACCUUGUCCCAACACGAUGAGCUGAUGAAGAAGACCGAGACCAUGAAUGUGCUGGUGGAGACCAAUAAGAUGCUGCGAGACGAGAAGGAAAGACUGGAGCAGGAGCUACAGCAGACUCAAGCCAAAGUUAGCAAGCUGCAUUCAGACAUCUUGCCCAUGCAGGAGUCCAACGCCGAGCUGAGCGAAAAGAGCGGCAUGCUGCAGGCUGAGAAAAAACUCCUGGAAGAGGAAAUCAAGCGCUGGAAAGCACGUACUCAGUUCCUGGUGAGUCAGCAGAAGGACACAGACCCAGAAGAGUAUAAACGGCUGCACUCGGAGAAAGAAGCCCAUCUCAAGCGCAUCCAGCAGCUUACUGAGGAAACCGGUCGGCUCAAGGCAGAGUCAACCAGGACUAGCAGUUCAGUCACCACAUUGCAGUCCCAGGUGCAGAACCUGCGGGAGAAUCUUGGCAAGUUGACAGUAGAAAGGGACGGUCUGAAGAAAGAGCUAGAGGCCAAGACCCUGGACAUCCAAGAGAAGCUCAAGACCAUCACUCAGGUCAAGAAGCUUGGACGCCGUUAUAAAACCCAAUAUGAGGAGCUAAAAGUUGAGCAUGACAAGAUGGUGGCAGUUGCUGCCUCGGCUCCAGUCCAAGACCAGGAAGCUCAGCAGGCCUCGGCUCAGGAGCUACAGGGCCUCAAAGAUUCCCUCAGCCAAUCAGAGGCCAAGACUCAGGAGCUGGAGAGCCAGCUGGAAACUCUAAACAAAACAGCAGGGGAGCGUGAAACAGAAGCACGCACAGCGCAGGACCAGGUAUCCCACCUGCAGGGGGAGCUAACACGCUUACGGCAGGAGCUGGUGGAGAAGUCGGCGCAGGAAGACCGACUCCGGCAGCAGCUGGUCGAGAAGGAGGAUCGGACCAGAAAAGCGAUUCUGGGGGCAAAACAGAAAAUCCACCACCUUGUGGAGGUGAAGAGUCAGUUGGUGAAGGAGAACGAGGAGCUGAAGCAGCAGCGCGAGGAGUUUAAGCAGCAGCGCGAGGAGCUGGAGGUGCGUCUGAAUGCUCUGCGCUCGCAGUACGAGGGCCGCCUGAGCCGUCAGGAGAAGGAGCUUCGGGAGCUACGCGACCUGCGAGAGCAGCAGGAAAGACACGUGGAGCAGAGAGAUGAGCCAGUGGAGCAAGGCACCAGCAAGGUGCAGGAGCCACAGAGGACCACUGAGCAGAGGCAGAUCUCUCUGAAAUCCACACCAGUGGCUGAAAGGGGCAGUGCGAGCAGCUCAGAGCCUCCCACAGCCAAUAUAAAACCCACUCCCCUGGUGGCCACCCCCAGCAAACCCCAAGCCAUUCCUGGGAACAAACCCACCCCGAGGGCCAGUAUAAAACCAAUGAUCACUCCAGCUGCAGUGCCCACACCCACUCCUACUGCAACAGUGAUGCCCACCACCCAGCAGGAGAGCCAAGAGGCCCUGUCAUCAGACGCUCCUCUGGAGCAUGUGUCCGUGUUUGGAAACACCACUGGCUCUGUGCGCUCCACCAGCCCCAACAUUCAGACCACUCUGGCUCAGCCCAUGCUGAGUGUCCAGCAGAGCCAAACAACUGCGUUCGUCCAGCCCACGCAGCAACAGAGUGUACCCCCCACAGAGCCUUUAAGUCAGGAGCCCACCUCCAUGAUGAUGGAGGCUACACCUAGCACGUCACAGAUGGAAAGACCUUCCACAUCCACAUCUGUGUUUGGAACAGUUUCAGCAACGCCUGGAAGCACCAUAACCAAGCGGCCUCGAGAAGAGGAAAUGGACACUGUUGCAGUGGAGCCCGAGCUUCAAGAGGAGCCCACUGAGCCCCCCAUCUCCAAAAAGCUGCGUGUGCAGAAAGUGGAGCUUGAGAUGGAGAUGCUCACUGAGGACAGCACCGAAGCGGAGAGUGUUGUACCAGGAGGAAGCCAGGAAGCAGCUGAUGCUGUUGAGGAGCUGGAAAACUAUACCAACCUGGAAGAGGAGGAGACUGUGGCAUCUCAGUCUGUUCCUGUGGAGUUUCUUCUCUCCCAAGUGUCCGACUCGCACAGUCAGGAAGAACCGGACGAAUCGGUCAUAAUCAUCGAGAGCGAUUCGGAGAGCGAGGAAGAACAAGAGGAGGAGACGGAUGAAGAGGAGCAGGAUUAUGAGGAGGAGGAGGAUGACGAGGAUGAUGAAGACGAUGAUGAAGGAGGAAUCGAGGCGGAAGGAGAAGACAGCAACGAGGGGAGCGGAAAUGAAGACCCCACUGAGGGAGGAUAUGAGGGUGACAAUACAGAGGGUCCUGAUGCCACAGACCCCGGUACUGAAACUGAGGAAAGUCUUUGUGCGACAGACUCCACCCAGUGUGUGUCAAAUCCUGCCCCCUUGGCGUUCUCCCCUGAACCAAUCACCAGCUCCGUGCCGCGUCCUCCACCAUCACCACGGAGACUCCAGCAGUCUCUGCCUUCUCGUCUCAGCAUUCUGGCUCCACCCAUGCAAGAGCUAGCUCCACCCUCUCAAGUCCAGCGCAUCCCUGCACGUCGGCAGCCAGUCGGACGAGGACUUCAGCUGACCUCCGGGGUGUCCGGUAGUGCACAGCAACAGCAGCACUUUUAUGAGGAGGAUGACCGUAUGGUCCCCAGCACCCCCACACUGCCUGCCUCCCAUCGUACAGACUGUUUCAGCGAAGCUCUCCAUUCUUCGCAGGUCGCAGGUGUGCUGCGGUUCGGCUUUGGCCUCUCCGAUGACGUCCCACAGACCAGUUCUUCCAACGCAGAUCUGGACCAGCUGGCUUCACAAGGAGGGCUUGGCAUGUACGACAGUCCCAUGUUCCUGCCCACUCAUGAGGAAUCCGCUGGGGGACGUAGCGUACCCACCACCCCACUACAGGUGGCUGCUCCAGUCACUGCAUUCUUGGACACACACUCCUCCGAGGUGACCGACCACGCCUCCCAGUCCGUCCCAACAGUGAGCACGUCUACACCGAGUGUGCGUUGUGACUGGGCCCAGCCCGCCGAAGACCGAGACGUCUUGCUCGAGGCAGGGGAGGACGGCAGCAUUGCAGAGGUAGCUCUGGAGUCUUCUUCACAGCCUGAGGCUGAGGAGCCAGAUCAGCCUUCAGAUGAGGCCAGUCUCCCCUCUACCAGCCAGGAGCCUUCGUCCAGCUCCGCAGACACAAGCAGCACACAGGCUUCUAAAGUCAGGACUGGUUCAGUCAGGCAGUGGACACGAGGACGGGCCACCAGAGGUUUCGUUAAGAGAGGUACAGCUACUUUCGCCCAAUCCUCGCACAAACACAGUCAUCUAUAAGCACAGCAUAAGAUGGAUCCGGAGUCAUGGGAGUGCGAAGGCGCUUUGCCAGAUGAAGCUUUCGAGAUGCUGCAGUCAGUGUAGUUCCUCCUACAGCACUGUUCCAACACGCCCGUACCUCUACAGUUCUGAUCAUUCUCGAGUUCCAUUGAAGCUUUCGUCCUAAACCUACAGCAUCCAUUUCUUUUAUGUGAAUACAAUAAAGAUGUUUUUUGAUAAAAAAAAAAAAA